AUGUCCCGCUCUCUGCACCCGUUGAUUGACAACGGCCUUACCAAAGGCAACCCGGACUUCUCAGGCGGCACUCUUAAAUGCCUUUGCAAGACUGAUCCCGUCGAAGUCAAAUUGAAGGGCAACGUCUUGCACCAACAUGCUUGUGGUUGCUCCCAAUGCUGGAAGCCAGCUGGCGCUCUUUUCUCCAUUGUCGCUGUUAUCCCUGACGACCAAGUCGAAGUGACCAAGAACGGCAACAAGCUGGCCAUCGUCGACGAGAAUGCCACCAUCCUCCGCUACGCUUGCAAGGACUGUGGGGCGCAUUUGUACGGGCCCAUCAAGAAGGACCAUGCCUUCAAGGGCCUGUCAUUCGUGCACACCGAACUGUCCGAUGAAAAGGGCUGGCAAGAACCCCAAUUCGCUGCGUUCGUGAGCAGCUUGAUCGAACAAGGCUACCCGCCAGAGAAGAUGGAUGAGGUGCGGGCCAAACUGAAGUCAGUCGGGCUCGAGCCAUACGAUGCGCUCUCACCACCUCUCAUGGAUGCUCUUGCCACAUUCGCGGCCAAGAAAAGCGGGAAGCUCGGAAAAUUGUAA